GGCUCUGGAGGCGGAAGCCGGGUUCUCACACAGCCUCCCGUCUGUCGCUCUUCCUCGUGACCGUUUAUUGCAGGAAGUGGGAUCAACCUCCUGACGGGCAUUUCAAGUCUGCUUUUUUUCCACCCUGCACGGAUCCUUUCAGCCCCGCCGAGGCUUCGCCAUGCUAGAAGAUAAAAACUGCAAGCUGCUCCAGCUCUCCUCUCCUGCAGUCGAAAAGGGGUGUGAGAGCUCAGGUCAGAAGAAGAAGAAAAAGAAAAGCUCCACUUCCACCAGCACCGGGGGAGACAGAGAGAAGUCCAGCCGUGGCUCCACCGGCGAGAAGAAGGCGGAGAAGAAACCCCACAGAAAGCCCCCGGCGGAGGCCCGCAGGGCCGGCGGCGGCGGGGACGAGGAGCUCUGCGCCCGGGCCAAGGAGAGCCUGCGGUGGGAGGGGGUGCUGCAGGACCCGCAGGCCGAGGCCCAGAGGCUGGAGCGGUACCGGGCCGGCAGGCGGCUGCGCUACGCGGCGCACAGAGAGGCCGUUCUAAGAGAGACCCACAACACUUUCAGACAAACUGUAAGUGGAGAGCAGAGCGAGAGGAGCGGCUGCAGCUGAGGGACUGCCGCAGUCUGCAGAGAAGAGCUCAGUUCAGGCUGGAAACAAACCCUUCCAGCUCAGCUCCCUUCAAAGCGCCCAGCUGGAAAAGCCUCUUUACGAGAUACACAUGAGGUGAUCCCCAGUGGUCCAGCUCUCCAGGGACGGGAGCUCCUCCCUGAAGACGCCUGAUGGAAACCUAAUGGAGGAUUUGCACCAUUUAUCCUGAGCCCCUAAAUUAUGCAACAGUGGAGAAAUGACCUAAAGCUGAUCUUUAAAGACUGAAACCCAAGCAGGGGGACUCCAGCGAAGCCUUCUGGGAGCCCGGAUGAGGAGGUCUCGUUACUGCUUCACGACCAGACCGGCAGGUGACGAUACAGAGGUUAAAAAACAUCCUACAAUACCAACUCUGGGAAAGUUCAUGUCCAGGGUCACAGCACAGCAUCUGUUGCGAUACUUUGCUUUUCUGUUCAGCUAAAUAAAAGAAACACUACAACUGGUGGCAGAAAGUUUCCGACAGGUCAGUGAAUGCAGCAGACGGCGGUUUUGUGCCUGAGAUAUAUAUAUAUUUUUUAAUGCAUGAACAAAGUGAAACACGAGACACAAAGUUUAAAUGACAAAUACAUCAGUGUCGUUUCUCCCUUUAGCAUCGAGAACAGAGCUGCUGUGGACUGAUGUUCUUUGUGUUUCAUCUGUGUAAUCUUAUCUAAUGUACGGCUGUGAUCUGGUUAAGUCUAAAAGAUGUUUUUAAUGUGUGACGCUGUGAAUGCUGGGAAAUCAUGGUGAAGUUCUCCCAGCAGGAUGAAUCAUAAGAUUGUAAUUAUUUGAUCAUUUACUUUAAUAGUCUAUAAAAUAAUUAGU